AUGAGUUCACAGCCCACAUCCGACUUGGAAUGAUGUCACUCCCACAAUAAACAGGGAAUUUUUCUAUUGAUAUGGGGUGUUUUAGCAAUGAGAGAACUUUAGUCAGCCCCUGUGUCAAGUACACACUCUUUUUCUUCAAUUUUGCUUGUUGGUUAUUUGGUGGAGUUCUUAUAGGCAUCGGUGUGUGGGCAUUUAUUGAGAAGAACAAAUAUUACCAGAAGGACAUUUCUACUGUGUACGAUGUCAUCUUCGACAUUUCAAUCAUCUUCCUCAUCAUUGGAAUUAUCAUCUUCAUCUUGGGCUAUGCAGGAUGUAUAGGGGCACUCAGGGAAAACAUCUGUCUUCUUAAAAUUUAUUAUUAUUCUAUGAUCCUCAUUUUCCUGGUCCUAGUAGUGGGCAUCGUCUUAGCAUUUGUCUUCAGGGACAUUGUCAAGGAAGAAGUGACCAAGAUUUUGCAGGAUAAUCUAAUCACCACAUACCAGGAUGACCCUGAUAAACAGAGUACCAUUGAUUGGAUACAAGAAAAUAUUGAAUGCUGUGGUGUAACCAGUUACAAAGACUGGACCAAGAAUGAGUAUUACAACUGUACAACAGACAAUCCCAGUCCUCUGGCCUGUUCUGUGCCAUACUCAUGUUGUAGAGUACAGGACUCAAUAUCAAGUGGUCUUCCAAACAUUCUUUGUGGAAAAGAAGUCCUAAAAGCAGGAGGGGAUUUGUCCUUGAUUUACACAAUAGGCUGUGUAGAUAUGUUUCUAAACUUGGCAGAGACACAGCUCCCCAUUGUAGGGGGAAUCGUCAUAGGCAUUGCUGUCCCCCUGCUGGUUGCUAUUUGCCUGUCAAGGUUGUUAGAGGGACAGAUUCUGGACCAGAGGAGCAACUGGAGAUGAAGUGAUGAGGUGGCCUAAUCCAAAAGGAAUACUGACAGGUCAACAAAAGUAGAAGAAAAGUGAAAUCUCAUAGUCGUUGUUAUGCAUAAUGAUACCCACAUCUUACCCCUCCAUAACCAUCAGCUUAGCUGACAGUAUAUAUUCAGUGUCAUGUAUUAACAGAAGACUUAAUAAUACAUGUACCGUUAUAUGCAGAGAAUCAUGAAUCAUGACGUUAACAUAAGGAACAUAAAUCUGGGUCAUAGAUUAUGGAGCUUGUUUUUUGUUUUCCUAAUUAUGAUAGACAUGUUCAUAUUCUAGUUUUGUUUUCAGAGCUAAAAUGUUAAUUUGUGUGUAGAUUUAUAAAUUGCCAUAGAAGAAAGAAAUCUCAGAACUGCUGUCAGAUCUCUUAACCAUAACAGCUUUCACUUUGAUUUCAUAUGUAUAUUCCAGAUUUUAUUAUGUAUAUUUAAAAUAUUCAUACAGUAUGUAAAGAACUUGCAAGAAUUAUACAAUACUUUAUGCCUAUCAAUUACCUUAACUUUUGAAACAUCUGAGAUUUUGCAUCAAAUUUUUCAAUAUUAUGUUUAGGGUGAAAGGUAAAAGGUCAUAUUGGAACUAUUGUACUUGCUUUAUAGAAAUUUGAAAUCAACUUGGGCAUUUACGUAUCUCAAACAUAUCUUUAUUUGUUAGAAUCUCCAUUUUCAUGUGCUUUACUAUAUUGAAGACUGUAAAAUCACAUAUUUUCAUGGGGUCAAAAUUUCUUGGUUUCCAUAUCCUCGAAAAGAACAAAAAUUAACCCCCCAUGAAAAUUUGUGAUUUCACAGUAUAUACAUGUAUAUAAUGAAGUGUUAACUCAAUUUAUAAUGCAUAUUUCAACCGUAAAA